UUGUUCUAUAAACGAUUCCUAUUAGAUAAUUUCAGGGUUCGGAUUAAGGUCGGGACAACCGUUUAGGGUAAAAACUCCGAUGUACUAAGCAGAGCAGGAGUCAGGAGAAGAAGCUUCCUACUUGGAUCCGCUCUCAUUUCACACACCCUCAUGGAAACUCACAAAACCAAGCUCUGCAUCAUCGGGAGCGGUCCCGCAGCACACGCAGCAGCGAUCUACGCAGCUAGAGCCGACCUCACCCCUCUCCUCUUCGAAGGAUGGAUGGCCAACGACGUCCCCCCCGGCGGUCAACUAACCACCACCACCGACGUCGAGAACUUCCCCGGGUUCCCCGAAGGCAUCCUCGGCGUCGACAUCGCCGCCAAGUUCCGCAAGCAAUCGGAGCGGUUCGGCACCAAGAUCUUCACCGAGACUGUCAACAAGGUCGAUCUCUCCUCCAAGCCGUUUAAGCUCUUCACCAACACGAGAACCGUCCUCGCCGACGCCGUCAUCGUCUCCACGGGAGCUAAAGCGAGACGCCUCGGCUUCGCUGGAUCUGGUGAUGGUGAAGGAGGAGGACCUGGUUGUUUCUGGAACCGAGGUAUCUCUGCGUGUGGUGUGCGCGACGGAGCUGCUCCGAUUUUCAGGGACAAGCCUCUGGCGGUUAUCGGAGGGGGAGAUUCGGCUAUGGAGGAAGCGAGCUUUCUCGCGAAUUAUGGUUCUAAGGUUUAUAUAAUCCACAGGAGAGAUGCGUUCAGGGCGUCUAAGAUCAUGCAGCGGAGAGCGUUGUCGAACCCUAAGAUUGAAGUGAUUUGGAACUCUUCUGUGGUUGAGGCGUAUGGAGAUGAGAACGGGAAAGGAGUUCUUGGGGGUUUGAAGGUGAAGAAUGUUGUUACUGGUGAUGUUUCUGAUUUGAAGGUGUCUGGUUUGUUCUUUGCGAUUGGGCAUGAGCCAGCGACGAAGUUCUUAGAUGGUCAGGUUGAGCUUGAUGAAGAUGGUUAUGUGGUGACUAAGCCUGGUACAACUAAGACGAGUGUUGUUGGUGUGUUUGCUGCUGGAGAUGUUCAAGAUAAGAAGUAUAGGCAGGCCAUCACAGCUGCAGGAACUGGUUGCAUGGCCGCCUUGGAUGCAGAGCAUUACUUGCAGGAGAUUGGAUCUCCACAGGUUGAACCAUGUCAAGUUGUAAGAGCAGCUCCAGUCACGGUUGAACGUGGUCAAGCUGUAAGAGCAGCUCCAGUCACGAUUGAAUUUGGUCAAGUUGUAAGAGCAGAUCCACUCACGGUAUAUAAUGGAGUAUCUGAGAGUAGAAGUAAGAGCACAACCAACGAGUGUAGGGGAUUAAGAUUCAAGUGGAGCCCAACUGAAGAUGAUGUUCUUAUUAGUGCGUGGCUAAAUACAAACAAAGAUCCAUAUGUGGGUCAUGAACAAAUGGGUAAUGAACAAAGAGCUGCUGCUUUUUGGAAGAGAGUUGCUGCGUAUUAUUCAUUAAGUCCUGCGGCUGCAACUCUACCUAAACGAGAAUUCAAUCACUGUAAGCAAAGGUGGCAGAAGAUAAAUGAUAGUGUUCGCAAGUUUGUUGAAUGCUAUGAUCAUGCUUUGAGUCAAAGAACUAGGGGCCAGUCUGAAGAUGAUGUUGUUCAAGUUGCAUACCAUUUCUACUUCAACAAUUGCCAAAGGAAAUUCACGCUUGAACAUGCAUGGAGGAAGCUCCGUCAUGAUAGAAAAUGGCGUAGUACUUACAUGUCUCAAAGCUCUAAGACUAGUGGAAGUUCAAAGCGAACAAAAUUUGAUGAAGGUGUCGCAUUUUCUUCAAGCUCUAAUACAAAAAGUAACGUAGAGGAACAUGCUCCGGUUCCUCCUAACGUAGAGGAACGUGCUACGGUUCCUCCUAACGUAGAGGAACAUGCUACGGUUACUCCUAUUGGUGUGAAGUCAUCAGAGCACAAAGAGAAGAUGGUUGUUACUCAAACAACAAAUGAAGAAAGGGAGUUCAACUCUCAAAGGGAGUACAACUCUCGAUCAAGGCUCGAGAACUUGUGGGCUCUAAAUGAGAAAGAUAUAGCUGAGAGAAAUAAACUAUCAAGGAUAGAGCUGCUUAGAAGCCUUCUGGGAAAAUCAGAAAAACUUUCAGAAAGAGAAGAAACUUUGAAGAACAAACUCAUCGAUGAAAUGUUGUAAUCUUAAGCUUGUAUUGUUUAUGGUGUCACUUAUAUAUUAUUAUAUAUUGUAAUAAUAUGCUAUUAAGUAAGUUGAUAUUGAUGAAAAGGAAGUCUUGCACUUCUCAUUUGAAUAUCGUA